AUGUUUAAAAGGAUACAAAUCGAUAUUGAUUACGUUGUACAGUGGGCCUAUGAUAAUGGACUUACUCUCAACUCGGAUAAGACUCAGGCCAUGCUAAUAUCAUCAUCGAGAAGCCCUGCAACUGUGACGUUCUCCCCCCUUAUGGUAGGAAAGAACCCAAUUAUCUUUAGAGAAACAGUAAAGGACUUGGGAUUAAUAUUAAAUUGUCAUUUAUCAUGGAAGGAGCACGUGGGCAGCAUCACUCGUAAUACUCCUCAAACAAUUCCUCAAUGUGAUCCUAAAACAAGUCCUCAAACCGUUUCUCAAUCUAAUCCUAAAACAAGUUCUGAAGUAAGUGCUAGAUAUGAUCCUAAAACUGGUUCUCAAACAAUUCCUCAAUUUGAUCCUAAAACAAGUCCUAAAACAAGUCCUAAAUCUGAACCUAAAACUAGUAUUCAAACAACUCCUCAAUCUGAUCCUAAUACCAGUCCUGAAAUAAGUCCACAAUCUGUUCCUAAAACAAGUUCUCAAACAUUUACUCAAUCUGAUCCUAAAACUUUUCUUAAUCUGUUCUACAAGAAGUACCAAAAUAAUCCUAAAUAUGAUCCUAAAACAAGUCCUAAAUCUGAUCCUAAAACUAGUUUUGCAACAAUUCCUCAAUCUGAUCCUAAAACCAGUCCUGAAAUAAGUCCACAAUCUGUUCCUAAAACUAGUCUUUCAACAAGUCCUCAAUCUGAACCUAACAUUUGUCCCGAAGCAAAUCCUUAA